AUGCCGCCAACUCGACAGGAAUCUUCAAAGCUCCGGGGCAGCUGGUAUCAAUCCGAAGCUGCUUCAUUCCUCGAUCAUUACAGCCCCGAGAUAGUCCAACGUCGCUUCACCACAUUCAGCCCUCGUUUCUACCGACAAAAAACCACCCUUGAAAAGCUCACACGGAGGUCACGACGGAAGUCACGAGCAUGGCAUCCAUUAUUCGACUACGUCGACAGCCACUGGUACACCAUUGGACCACUUCUUCCCAUCACUGCUGCAUUGCUGGAAACUACACUGCUUCUUUUUCUGUUUGCCUUUUAUUAUACCUUACCAGCAGACCCUGAAACUGGAGAACGACCUCCUCGGAUCGCUAAUCUGUACAGUGUGUUCCCUUUCAUCAGCUGCAUUGGUUCCAAAAGGCUGCCAGUGUACCAAGGACUGACAAUGUGUGUCGUGCUCUUCAACUUCACGUCCGCAUGUAUAAGCCUUUACCGAGGACGAGACGAAGUAAUCGGAUGGCAGAGCCGACGGACGACCUGGCUCGUCAGUGUAGUAUCCGGAGGAUUGGCAAUUUGGGUGGUAUUCGCAGCGGCGAAUCCUGAUAGACAUCUUCAUCUGACGGUAACGGCUGCAAAGGCCCUGUCAAUAUUCUGCAUCAAAACGUCUGGCUGGAUCACAGAUCAUCUCCAACGGCGAAAAUACCCUGGUCUCUUGGACAUUGGCGUCGUUAGAUUUUUGUAUUGGUGGAGAGUAGCUACUCUCGUGGUUGCUUUACCCACGGCGACGAUGAUGGAGGUGGCUAUCUUUGGCUGUCACAGUGCUACGGCAAAGGACAUCCAGACCUCGGGAACGAAAUGCUACCGGAUUAUAGCAGCAGGGGCGCCUGCCGAGUGGGUAUAUGCACUUACCACGGCCUCUUGGAGUCUGUCACUGGCCUUCGAUAUCUAUAUUACGCCGAUUGUCGGGCAAGCGAAAUCAAAACAAGAUCAAGAAGAAACAGAGCUUCUAGCACCAGAUCCGUACAGUCCAUACUCACUAUUGUCUCCACCAGAUAAUGAUCCCGAAAAGACCGAGACAGAGCUUUUAGCAAAUAUUGACAAGUCAAGAGCGCAAAUGAAGGUAGAUGACCGUUUCAAGCCGGCCACGUGGGCACGGCAAACCAACAGCAUUCAAGAUGGCGGCGAAGUGGAGCAAGAUCUUGGCCUGAUGGCAAGGCCACAAGGUCCGGUAUAA